GAUAUGUUUGAAGUCAUUUUGUAUGGGAAAUCGCUCGCAAUGACUGUUGUUACUGUACUAACUUUCGGACGUCAGGAAUCGUAACUCAGUGACGUAAAUAUUGGUCAGUCUUGACGGGAUAUCUAAGUUCGAAGUAUAUCUGGAUGAUACUAAUGACUCAAAAAUUUAAGUUAACAGCUUGAAUACUGAACGGAAGUGCUGUAAAAAAUCUUGUAAUAACCAACAUGGCAGUUUGACAGUACAGGAAGAAUUCUAUGAUACAUCAGGCAUUUGCGAUCAAAAUUCAGUUGUUAACAAUGUCGGUUUUAAACCAAAGUGGAGAAGAACAAGUAGAAUGCCCAUUGUGUAUGGAACCACUGGAAGUUGAUGACAUAAAUUUCUUCCCAUGCACAUGUGGCUACCAGAUCUGCCGAUUUUGUUGGCAUCGAAUCAGGACUGAUGAAAAUGGGCUGUGCCCAGCAUGUCGCAAAGCCUAUCCAGAGAAUCCUGCGGAUUUCAAACCUCUCACACAGGAAGAAGUACAGAAACUGAAAGCAGAGAAACGACAGAGAGAUCAACAACGAAAGCAGAAGAUAACUGAGAACAGAAAGCAUCUAGCAAAUGUCCGUGUAGUGCAAAAAAACUUAGUGUUCGUUGUUGGAUUACCAAUGAGACUUGCAGAUGCUGAGAUAUUGAAAAAGCAUGAAUAUUUUGGGAAGUUCGGGAAAAUUCACAAAGUUGUUAUUAACCAGAGCACUACAUAUGCAGGCUCUCAGGGUCCUAGUGCAAGUGCAUAUGUAACGUACCAUAAAGCUGAUGAUGCCUUGAGGGCUAUUCAGGCAGUUAACAACAUUUCUGUAGAUGGUAGGACUAUAAAAACAUCAUUAGGCACUACAAAAUACUGCUCUCACUUUAUGAAGAAUCAGCCAUGCCCUAAACCAGACUGCAUGUACCUUCACGAUUUAGGUGAUCCAGAAGCGAGCUUUACAAAAGAAGAAAUGCAGCAGGGGAAACAUCAAGAGUAUGAGAAAAAGCUACAUGAGCAGCUUCUGAAUGGCUACAACAAAGACAGGGUACUCUGGGAUCAGCUUCAUACUCAGUGGCACACAGAUCAGGAAAACUCAAGAGAUCCUAAGCUUCCACACGGGAAUAGAAGGAAAGGAAAAAAAAGAAGAAUGUUAGUCAUUAAUCAGCAUAACACUCGCUACAGACAGUCUCAAACUAAAAAAGGGCAGGUCGGUCCAGAUGUGGCCCGGUCUAGGCCAUGUUCCGGAAAACCGGGAUCCUCACCACCUCGUAGCACACAGAGUUCUGUAUGUGCAUCUUCAAAUUCUCCAUUGUCUUCAGGCUCUGCAUCUACAUCGUCCCAGUCACAAGUGAAUAAACAAGGCUGGCAACAUGCUUCUGCCAAUGUUGCAGGAAGCAACAGCCCAAUAUCAAGUGUCAGCAGUGGCUGCAGCAAUUCCAUGGGUCGAUCAACUGGUGGUGGAAACCAGAGACGUUCAAAGGAUUCUCACAAGAAAAGGCAUGCGCUACCUGAUGACAAAGGGAGACUGCGUGAUAAACUUCAGAAUGCAACUGGAGAGGAUCGCCAAAGCAAACCGACUCGUAGCAAGAUGAACUCGUCAAAUAGUGAACGCCCUGCCAAUGGUGUAGUUAAGGACCCAUCUCGAAAAUCAUCAGUAAAUUUCAAUCGCGCAUGUCGUACACGGUCCAAAGAAAGAAAUAGUGGUGGUGUGAGCUGUAGUUCAGCUAAUGAUGUGGCCAGUAAUUUGCCAGCAGGAAGGUUCCACAAGAAUUCCGGUAGAUUGCCUGCUGUGAGAGCUGCGGCCUUGUUUGAGCAAGAUAACAACUCUUUCUUUUCAUCAAAUACCUUCACCAAAGUGUCCACAACAGUUUCUGGCACAGGGGGUUCGGAUUGGUCCUCUAAUGGGCUUUCUGUGGCACACAUACCAGAUGUGCUGCCUCCGGUACACUCUUCAGAAGACUGGCAAGCAGCAUUUGGAUUUUCAAACCGGACAAAAGAAACCACAACUUCACAAGAUAAGUGUGUCCGUGAAGAUAGUAUGGAUGACGACGAUGAUGAUGAUGAGGAGGAGGAGGAGGAGGAAGAGGAAGAAGAGGAGGAGGAGGAUGAAGAUGAGGAGGUGGAAGAUGAAGAAGAAGAAGAAGAAGAGGAGGAGGAAGAGGAUGAGGAGGAGGAGGAGGAGGAGGGGGCUGAAAAUGGUGAAAAAUCAGUAAGAAUUGCUUCAGAACGAUUUAAAAAUGCACAAGGGGGCUACAGAAUUAAUAAUAUUGAACAUAUUAUACGCAAAAUGCACAAGCUCCCUUUCAGUGAAGUAAAUGGUGUGGACAGCAGUGUUAUUGUUAACUGUGAAACUACAAAAAUUGCUUCAGGAAAUGGGUAUGUUUUCCACAAGGUGCUUUCUAAUGGGUUUGUUGAAGAUCCAACAGUAUAUGUGAUAGGUAGCAGUCGUCAUGAAUUCUCAGGUCUCCAGAAUGGCUCGAUGCAACAUGUGCGUAAUGGAUUCUCUUCAAAGAGUGUAGACAAACGCUACCCCGAUAUUCACAGGAGGCGGGAACACCGUAAAGAAAAGCAAGGUUGUGUGUCUAAUAGUAACAGAGGAGUUGUGAAGCAAUCUAGGAAGAACAAUCGUAGUGCUACGGUUAGUGAACUGCCACACCACAGUUGUGACAUGAAUGAUUCUUCUUUGGAAGAUGAUCGUUUUUCAAGCUACGGUGGCUCGGAAAGACAGAGAAACGGUAAUGACUCUUCAGACAGCUGUGGGGAUGUAGAUAGAGAGGAUGAGUUUUGUGAAAGGGUCAAAGAAGAAAUCAAACAAGAAGACAAUAUACGUGCCCCAGAUGAUGAACUGGACUUCGAUCCUUUCCAUGAAACCCAGAAGGCCUUGGCUGAAAUGAUUGAGAAAGAGACAAUGAUGUUAUCUGUUAGGCAGCAGGAAAGUUGUGGGAAUGACCAAGUGCAGCACAUCCAUCUGAAACAGCAUCAGCGGCAACACCACCAACAGCAGCAUCACCACUACCAUCACCACCACCACCAUCACCACCAUCACCACCACCAUAGCCACCACCACCACCAGCAACAACAGCAGCAACGGCAACACCACCACCAACAACAACACCAGCAGCAGCAGCAACAACAACAUCAACAGCAGCAGCAGCAGCAGCAACAACAGCAACAUUAUCAGCAUGGGGGUCACAGUUUUCAUGGAUCAGCCAGUACACAACAGCAGUUUCUGUAUGGAGGGAAGAUACUUCCACCAUACACUAAUGGUGCAAGUUCAUAUCUCCUUCAUAAUCAAAGGGUUUCACAAAAUUCUCCUGCUAGAAGUAACACCAAUGCAAGGCUGCCUCCUCCAGGCUUCUCAGCUGGACCCAAUCACAUGAAUGCCUUUGGUCUUGGGAUCCCUCGUGCUCCCACGACAUCAGGUAGCAAAAUUCUGCCAUUCAUGGGACUGAGUAAUAGCAGUGCCAAUGGUGGUGGCGGUGCCAGCAGCAGCAGUAGCAGCAGCAGUAGUAGCAGCAGCAGCACAAGCACCACCACCAGCAGUGGUGGUGGUGGCGGCAGCAAUGGUGGCAGUGGUGGUAGUGGUGGCAGCAGCUCAACCACCACGACCACUACCACGACCACCACCACCACCACCACCAGCAGCAGCAGCAGCAGUAGCAGCAGUAGCAGUAGCAGCAGCAGCACAUGCAACAGUGGCCAGGCAUCUGGUCCACCUGCUCCAGACAACUCUAACUCCUUUGGGCUGGAGGACUGCUACAAUACACAUGAAUGGUCAGAACAUGGAAGUCCAUCACAUCCACCAGUUUUUCCUAGUGCCACAAAUUCAAAGAACAAUACUUCAAAAGGGUGGACGGGAUCAGAUUGGGAUGCUCUAGACCCUGCAAUAGUAACAUCAUCACGGCCAGGCAGUUCAAAUCAUGGUCAAUCAUGGGUGCAGAAUGUUCCUGUCUAUACUUCUGCUCCUCCACCUCCGCCUCUGCCUCCAGCCCCUUCGGACUGGAGCUCCAUGUCGCAGCCUGUACCUCCACCACCACCUGGGUUUGGGCACCGACAUGUCACAAGAAAUCAUAGCAGCAAAUCACCACUGCAUGAGGUUUCAAAGAGUUGAAAGUUGAAAAUGGGCUGUGAGUACAACGAAGUGCAUGCCAUUUGAGGUGCUGCUUUGGUAGCUGCUUGCAUAUAUCUAGGAACUGGAUUAUGAUUUUUGUUUUACAGUAUUUAUGCUUGUGUGCUGCUCAGGAUUACCAAGACUGUGUGUGAGAUCAAAAUGCACUAAUAUAUCAUUACAUAUUUUUUAAAAAAAGCAAUAAUGUUUCCAGAGUUUGAAAGAAUUGUGUGUUGGCUUUCAUGUACUCUCUAAGAAAAAGACUGUUUUUGGGAGAAAGUUGAGAAAUUGAAAAAGUAACAUAAUAGCUCCUGCGAUUGAUUUUGUUAACUUUUGUGACCUUAACAAAAGUAAAAAAUGAAUUUCUCUCUCUCUCUCUCUCUCUCUCUCUCUCUCUGUGUGUGUGUGUGUGUGUGUGUGUGUGUGUGUGUGUGUGUGAGUGAGUGAGUGAGAGACAAACAGGAGUUUUCUUGAUACACCAUCUUGUUUCUGUGGCAUGGUACCACAUUGUCCAAUUGUUUCUUUUCUUUCUAUAUUUUUCUUACCAAGAAUGUUAAAAUUUCAAAAUAGUUUACCAAAGAACAACUCUUGCUUUGCCAGAUCACUUGGUGAAGUGCCUUAUUAAUCUAUGUACAUUUAUUCUGUUCUGAAUGAAAUAAAUGGGUAACUGCAACUGUUCCAUUUGUUUUUUGGCAUAUUUUCUUCAGUUAUAAAUUUUCUUUUGCUCAGAUAUUUUGAAGAGGCAUAUACUUUUUUCUUAAGUUAUUAAAUUUUAUUUUGCUCAGAUAUUUUGAAAGUGAUAUGUUAAUUAGCAGUGCAAGUUAUCUGACAGAAGUAGAUAUUAAGAAAGUGCACCAGUGUUAAUCGUACAUCAAGAAUUGCACAUGUCGCAAAGAAACAGUGUAAAAGGAUAUUUACUUUUAUUUGAUACAGUGCUGUAAUUACUUGUUGGUGCUUCAUUGUAAUGCUUUGUAAGUAAUGACAGAAUGGAUUUGUUUCUGAUAUCAAACUUGCGACACUCUAUUUUUUGGUACAUACUGUAACAGAAAUAAGAAAGACUGUGAAUUUGUUGGUUAGCAGGAAAUUCAUGAUCUUAUUGGGCUCUGUUCCUUGUGAAAAUAAGAUUCUUGAAAUGUUGACUUUCUUUUCAGUUCUUCUAAAUAUCUGUUUUUACUUUGUACCGUAUGCUAAUGAAGGCCCUCAAAAUUAAAUUAAAUAUUUGUACACAUUGAAGAACUUCACAGAUUUGUAAAACGGUAAGUUUUACACCUCUCUCUGCAACUGCAGGCAGUUUCAGAUACCUGUUCUGUUAUUCAAUGUACAAAGCAACUGUUUGAGUUAAUGUGCAACUUUAAUAAAUUAAGUAAUUUCUAUAUGUUGAUAUAAUUUUGUUAUAAAAUCCUUUUGCACUGUUUCUAGUGACAUUUUGUUUAUUUACAGCUUAUGCGUUAAGGUUGUUAAACAGUAUAGUCAUAACUGUGGGAGAGUGAUUACUGUCUUUUAUAGUUAAUUAAAGUGAUUUGUGCAACGUGAGGUUUAUUUUUAUAAUUGCCUAAACUGUGACAUCUUCCUGUGACUUUCGUCCUUUCUGUUACCACAUUCAUUCAACUUGUUUGCAUAUUGUAUUUUGUAAUUUGGUAACUGGUGUUAUAUUGUGAUGUUUAUUGUGGUACAGAUUGUACUUAGUAACCUAGCAGUUUGAUUUGCUAUACCACAGUCAAAUUGCUCUUCACACAAAACUAAAUUAUAUAUAUGAUAAAACCUGAAUCUAAUUAUUGCAACUGUGCUGGUAAUUUUGUUUGAACUCUUUUUAAGUUCAGACAUUUAUUUGUAUACAGAUCAAACCUUUUUGUAUUUACCUGUAAAUAAUUAAUUUCCCCAUUGUAUAAGUGAAUUACAAAAUCGACAUGCAUGUUUUGCUUUGUUCUGUCAAUAAUUAUAACAUAUUUUCUGUGGCAGUAAUUAUUUUCUUGGUAUUUUGAAGAAUGCUCAGCAAAGAAAAUGAUGGUAUGUUCUUCACACCAUGUGUCUGAUUUUUGGGCUACUUCAUGUAGCUAAAUUUCAUCUGUGGCCACUUUAAUUUUAAGUUACAUAGACUUUAGGUUUGUGCAACAUAAGAAAAUGAGACUCGCAAACCAAGUAGUAUUUUAUUGGUAAUUAAUGCUUUUUUCCUUUUUUGUGUAAUAUUUGUGAUAGUUAUUUAGAAACAUAAAGGCAUAAUUAUAAUUGUUUUGAGUCAUUAACUGAGAGGAAAAACACACAAUCUGGGUUCUUUUUUGCUUCAGUAAAAUGUAAGAAAUGAAUCUGAGCUAUUUUUGUUUUCCUAAGAGAUGAUUCAGGCUAACAACUUCAAAUUAUUUUACAUAGCCUCCUGUAUUUCCUUGGCAUUUGUUGUAACCUUUUCCAUUAAUGUGAAUGUGUUUAUUAUAUACAUGAAAUUAUCAUAAGAAAAUGUUCACUUUUGCUGUAAAGAAAUGGAAAAAUCAUGGAUCACCUUGCAUAAGUGAAACUUUCAAUGCUUUCAAAUCGCAUCAUGUCUAACCACCAAAGUGUUUGCUUGUCAUUAGAGUUCUCACAGAUCUGUGGCUUUCAUUAAGCAAGCCAGAGCAUUUUAAUACUGAUUCUCCUGAAGGUACAUAGACAAUUACAGCAUUUUUCCAGUAUCUCCAUUGCAGGUGCUCUCUGCAACAUUUGGAAUUAAGCUUUGUUCAAGACAUGUAACAGGUAACUCACUAUCCUGGAAUCAUUAUUGAUCUUCUUCCCUUUUCCACCAAACUAACAGUAUGCUCACAAUGGCAACAUUUGCAAACAAUGUCAACAUUCCAGAAUGAGAUUUUCACUCUGCAGCAGAGUGUGCGCUGAUAUGAAACUUCCUGGCAGAUUAAAACUGUGUGCCCGACCGAGACUCGAACUUGCCCGCGAAAGUCAGAGGUCCCGAGUUCGAGUCUCGGUCGGGCACACAGUUUUAAUCUGCCAGGAAGUUUCAAUGUCAACAUUAGUUACGCAAUACAUUACUAGUAAAAUCCAUUGUGUAUCCCUGUACUACAGAGUGUAGUAUAGAUAAGUGUUUCCAGGUCUUCUGUUUGCCUUGCUUGCUAUUGUUAUACUUACUUUAAUCAAUAGCCAUUCUAAAACUGGUAGUACUUUACCAUAUUUUAAGAAUUCCCAGACGACACUAUCAACUUCAAAUAAAAAUGAUCAUUUGAACCUACGUGACUGUUGUUUCCAGAGUUUUUACUUGGGAGUUUAUUGCCAACAGUGAACCUGACCAUUCAAUUCUACUUUCAGCUAACAGAAAGAGUAUAACUGUCGUUCUUCGUAUCCACCCCAUAUCUUAGUUAUAAAUAUGUGUGUGCUUUCCUGAGAUCUCCUGUGUCAGUAGCUGUGGUAGAUAAUUAUGUUUUAAAUAAAACAAGAUCUGGGACUGUCCAUUCACAGUAGUUUCUUACAUUUCUAAGAAUUAGCCUAUCAUCCUUUCCUAGCACAAUAAUUUCAUAUCUUUCCAAUUGUUGAUCAUGAUUACUUAACUGUAGUUAUGAUCUAUGUCACUAUGGAUACUGUAGGUGAUAAUUUUUUUUCCAAUUAGCUGUCACCAAAGUAACUUAUCCAUACUUUUACGCGAUUACAAAGUCUGGAGGUUAGUUAUACAAAUAUUUCAUUAAUGCACUUGAACUUCUCCAAUUAAAAGAAUAUGUAUAAAAUCAAUUUGAGCCUAAUGACCCUAAUGCUUUCAAUAUAAAAGGAAAUCCCUCACUUCAGUCAAUACCUGGGCCAUUGUUCCAAUAUAUACCAUAUUACACUUAACAUUGUGCUAUGAUUCAUAUUGAAUUGCACUGGCUGUAUGUACCCAGUAUUGCUACUUUUAUAAAGUGAAAUCAGUUUUGGGCAUUUAAUUAAGAAUUUUUUGAUAGUUCAUCAUCAAUAACUUUUAUAUUUACCUACAAGAGCUUGCAGAUGCAUUGAACCACUUAAAACCAAAGUGACAUCAAAGGUUCUGAAAGUGAUUUCAUUUGGAAGAAACAUUCUUUGAAGAGUCACACAUUCAGCCCAAAGUGCUUGACUUCAAGGAAGGUUGUUUGGCUCAGAGGAGAAGUAUCGUUUAAAGUACUGUAGUUGUUGGAGCCUUGCCUGUGGUGCACAGAAAGAUAUUAGUGUAUGAACUGUAUUGCUCAGGCUCUUCAAAGAAAUUGCUAAAUGUCUGUACAGUGAUUUUUGUAUUCAUCUACAGCAGCAACAUUUCAUGUAGUCCUCCAAUUUCAAUGUUGUGUGUUCAUGUUACACACUUCACUGUAAACAGCUGGUAUCCUUUCCAGAUCAUGCAGAAGCUAUUACUGCUUUAAAACCAUCUUCAUUUAUAGUCUCUCAAAUAAGGUGUCAUGAUUUUGCCAUUUCCUUAAUCAAAAUUGUAAAUAAUAACUCAUGGGUAUAACUAUGUCUUCGAUAAUUUUGUAAGUAAUUACGUGGCAGACAUUUUCGUUUAACAUUCUCUCACUUUCAGCACUUGAGCAGACUUUGUGCAAAAAUGAAGUGUUUAAUGGAGUAAUGAAUCUUGUUUGUAACUCUAGUGAGAACUAUGGCUGAACGAAACAGUAACUAAAGUAUCUUGGCUUUGAAAGCCAAGAAUUGCUUGGUCGGGGAAGUGAGAGAUGUUUUAUUAAACUUGAACAAGCUGAUACAAGUAAAAAAGGUCAGAGAUGGCAAGCUGUUAUGUUUGUGUUUUGUGUUAAUUAUUUGAAAUAUUAAUUAAUUAGAGCACAAACAUAUACUGCACAGGUUACAAUGUUGUUUGUUUCUUUGCAUUUUGGGUGUUUUACUUGGCAUUAUUUUGAGCUCUGUUGUAUAUUCUUUGUGAUGUUAUGUAUUGUUUGUGACUGUUCAAUGAGGCAGGUCCUAUCACAGAAGAAAAUGUGUGUAAUAAUGGCUAAUUUUUGAAAAUAUAAGAGACAUGUAUGCUGCAAAAAUGUACUUCCUGAAUUCUUACUCAGCAAACACUGGCUAUGGUUAUGAUAUUUUGAUGUGGAGCAUAGCAAAUGCUUAAAAACUAUUUACUUGAUCAUUACUUUGUUUACAUCUAUGUACAGAAAAAACUUUCAUGGUUGCAUUUUUUUUCUUUGCAAACAGUUAGUGUAUUGUUUAAUUCUGUACCAUUUUGAAGUAACAAUCGACAUUUCUCAUUAAAUAUCACUUUACGUGUUUGGGGGCUGUGGAAUAGACAGUCUGUUUUCGCGUGUGUGCGUGUGUGUGCGUGUGCGGGUGUGUGUGUGUGUGUGUGUGUGUGGGGGGGGGGGGGGGGGGCACGUGCCUGUGAACAGGUAUAAUUCAGUUUUCAAUUGCACACUACUUAGUUUACAAAUAUAUGCAUUCAUUUGGAACAAAUUGAAAAUAAUGUGCUACACUGUAAAACGUCCUGAUACCCAGUUUCUUAUGACAGUGAGCAUUAUAGGUAAUUUCAGAACUAGGGUUUUGAAACACAGUUACUUAGUAAAUCUAUAGCUCUUCAUUUCCUGUGUCUGAUAUUAUGUUUAUGUUCCCAGAGCAAACUCAGUGGUAUGGUUCAGUGAAGAUUUUAAAACUCCAAUUUUUAUUUAAAACAUUCUCAGUGUAUUGUCAUGUAAUAAAAAUUUCCUACAUGAAAAUGUAAUUGGUACACUUAUCAUUUAUUGACUUUCUUAUCAAAAGUGCAAUUUAAGAACAAAAUAUUUACAUCUUUGAACACUAAUAAUAAGUAACAUCAGAUGUAAAGUAGUGUUCGCAGACUACUACCAAUUCAUUCAUUCUUUGACUGUGCAUAUAAUAAACUGCUUUAUGAAACCUUCUUUGUUAUAGUUAAGGUUUUGAGCACUUCAUGCACGGUCUGUACAUAGCAUACCUGAAAGGACUAAAUGUGCUUUAAAAGUUGUGAAUUGAUAACAGAUGAUGUGCAUACACUCUCUCAUUCUCUGCUCCCCGCACGCGCGUGUGCAUACACACACACACACACACACACACACACACACACACACACACACACACAUACACACACACACACGCGCGCGCGAUUUAGCUUAAAACACAGUAGUUCAUGAGCCACAGAUUUCAUAAAAUGAAGAGGAACAUAAAUAGCUCAGCAUAAAUAGUUACAUUAUCUUGAUGUGGUUAAGACACACUACAAAUGUUUACAAAUUCCUCUCUUGCUAGUACCUCUCCACCCCAAACUUGGUUUUGCCCUAUUAUUUCCUCUUAAGGCUUUAAGCUUAAAUUUGCUUUAUAUAGUGGCACUUUAUACAUAUACCUAGUUCUGAAAGGAAUGUUGUCUGUUUCUUUAUUUUAAAUUCUCUCUGCAGAAAAAUAUGGAUAGGCACCAUGCCAUUUAAUAUUUCAAGCAUUGUUAUACUCUCUCUCUCUCUCUCUCUCUCUCUCUCUCUCUCUCUCUCUCUCUCUCAUGUAUUCCCCACCACGUGCCCCCCCUCCCC